AUUGUUCUCCAGAACGCAAUUCCAGUCGUGUAAGCAAACAUGCCGCCAAAGCGUGUAAAAAAAGCGGCGCCCCGGCCAUUACCGGCAAAUGACGAGGAGUCGAAGGCUUUGGAUCCUACUAAUCCGGUGCUCUAUAUCGAGCACUGUCGCUCCUGACGCGUCUUUCGUCGGCGCGCUGAAGAGCUGCAUGCUGCUCUGCAAACUCGAAUUCAGAAUGCAGGCCAGCAAUUCCAGCUCCAACUGCAGCUCAACGCCCAUGGUGCCCCUCGGCGUGGCGCAUUUGAGUUGUCCUUUGCCCCCAACCCCACAGCAGUUGCCAGCGAGCAGCGUCCGCUUUGGUCCGGUCUAAAACGCACGCCGCGUGCACAGAAGUUUCCCGACGUCGAUGAUAUAUACCAGCAAAUAGUGGAGAUCCUUAACGAGCUUUCUGGCAAGGGCAACAAGCGUAAGCGUACUUCACAGUCGCCAUCGACAUCGACAUCGGCGUCGCCGUCGCCAUCAGCAACAUCCCCAGCCUCAUCUUCGAAGCGGAGCGAGCCUGCAGCUGACACUGAGCACCAGGCGCCAACGUCGUCUAAGCGCAGCAAAUCAUCAAAGGCAAAGGCAUCUUAAUGAAAUGAUACAGCACCAUUUAGUUGCCGUCAUCAAUUUGCUCAGCAAUAGCGCCAUAUGAUCAUUAAACGGUAAAUCCCUUACGGGAACUGUUCAGUGUGAAACUUCUGCCUCAAAGCUGGUUAAUUGUUGACGACAAUAAUUGGAUUUCAUUACAUUGAGAUAAAUACAAAAUAUUAUCAUUAAUUGUUGAUGACUGUUCUCGAAUCAAAUGAAUAAAUAAAUUGUUAUUGAAACAAAA